AUGUUCUGUUUUCAGAUGGAAAAAGAAUGCUGGAUAUGUACUGACAAAUUUGAUACCACCAAACAACUGAAAUCCCAUUUGGCUAGCAAUGUACAUUCCAAGAUGGAGGUGGUGUGUCCCUUCUGUAUGGACAGACCUACAAAAUACAAGAGAGUAUGGGAGCUAAAAGACCAUUGCAAUAGAUUCCAUAAACCAGCCAUGCAGGACAUGAGACCCGACGCAUUAUCGGAAGGGAAUGCCUACUACCUUGCUGUACAUCCGGAAUGCUACAGGAAGGUAGUUAGGCCAACAGCUUUCUAUUCACCCUCAGCCAGAGAUCUGAAGAAAGCCAUGCAGGCAUGGCUGAAGAAGUCGAAAGACACCUACAGGACGCCAGAGGAGUGGGAGCAAGGAUGGAAAGAGGGCACAAAGUUUGAUGGGCCUCCAGGAGAGGAACUAUUUCAGCCAGUCUAUUCAGGGGAUGAGACACGGGCGGCCUCAUCCUCUUCUAUUGAUAUGGAGAUUAAUAGACCUGAUGCCUGGCGCAUAACUUAUGUGGCACUGGUGCCACAAAGUAUCAUGGUGGAAGCCAUCUUUAGGAGAGAGACAUACAGAUUUGCCAUUGCAGACACAGUACUUGCAGAUGUCAAGUAUGUGUCUGCAUUGACGAGGAGAAUGCUGGCCAUUCCACAGGGAGGGAAACAAUCCGCUGGACGGAAACACAAGCUUCUCGGAAAAACUUUUAGCGAUAGAGUAGCGCUGGCCGUGAAAUUAUUAGGACUGCCGGAGAAAUACAUCAAGAAUAUUCACCGUUUGGAAACAGAUUUUUAUGCAGUCCCUUCAACAGAACAUUUCGACCCUCCAUUCAAAACUACAGAAAUCAGCAAAAAGAAAACCAUUGUUAAAUCCACCAUUUCGGCAAAGAAGUCAUCAAAGAAAUCAUCAUCCGUCAGUAAGAAACCUGAAAAACCCUCCUCUACACAAGUAACAUCAAGUCCAAGGAAAUCAACACCACCAACAACGCCGGUCGUUACCAUCACUACUUUAGCUCUCUCUCCCAUUUCAACCAGAUCAUUAUCACCAGCCAGGCCAUCUUCACCACCUCCAGCAAAGAAUUCUGAAAAAUUAUCCUCAUCCGACAGCAAGAGACCAGAAAAACCAUCCUCUACACCAGUGGCAGAUAUUACAUCUAAACCCUCAACACCACCUACAACGCCGGCCGUUAACACCAGUAUUUCCGCUCUCUCUCCUAUAUCUACCGGAUCCAUGCCAUGUUUACCUCCUCCAGCAAAGAAGCCCAAGAGAUCCACCAUACCAUACACCCCAGAAAAGCCUUCUCAACCAGGACCAACAUAUAUACCCACCCCGAAACAGUUGCUGGCGACAAUUACAACCCUAGAUAUUCCAAUUUUAGAGCUACGACAACCUGCUGAACGUGCAACUACCUUGCUACGUCUUGGGGGAAUGCCAUUGUUUCCUCCAGCACGGCGAGACUGGACUGGGGAGGUUCAGGUGAAACUUCCUGGAGAAGUUCUCACCAAGGACUGGCCUCCCCAGGACUGGAAGGAAAUGACGCCAGACACCAAAAAGCUCAAUUGGGAAUUCAUAGCAUUUCAAUAUGAGCAGGCCUCAAAUCACCCUACUGUACCUAGUCGAGCAGGACUCCUAGACAAAUAUAAUAUGUUAGCUUUGCCAGGAACAUCCCCACACAACAAGAUUAAAGAUGCCACCAGAACUGUUAUGAAGAACCGCUUUUAUAUGUACGAAAAUUUGAGAUUGAUAGCCACCAAUGGGAUUAAGCCGGAUCUUUCCACUUCUUUCAUGCUGGACAUGCUGGAGAAAGCAAGCGCUAGUCGCGAUACAUCCACAGACCACAUUUGCCAUGCCUUGGAUAAGGCUGGCAUUCCGUUAAGAUUGGACGUUUAAUUUCGAUUCAUAUAAAGUUGCUGAACAUUACAUGUGCAUAUAUGAGACAUUAUAUCAAUUAUUUUGGACUUAAACUAAAACUAAUAUUGUCCGUUUCUGCAGUUAUAGAAGAUUACAGAUUAUGAACACUUGAAUAUGAAAUCAUCAAUGUGACAAUGGGGGGUAGAUUUUACUUGAUAUUGAAAUUUGUUGUUAUAUGAAAUGUAUUUAUGAUAUAUAUGUAUAGGGAUUUCUUGUGCAGCAUGAAUCAGGCAUACAGUAGCCUAGCAUAUGUUAUAUGAGUAAGAUUAUAUCAGCUGGGUCUGAUAUAUUAAGUGAACUCAAGGCUUGGAAUAGGUAUUCUGCUAUAGGUACUCUUGCUACACGUAACAAUUUAAGGUCGACUAGACAGACAACACAAAUGGCAAUAUCUUUCUUUAUUUAACAAUGGCUGAUCAUACUGUAUGCAUUGAGUUGUGUUGUACAAGAAACAAGUUAAAUAUUUGUUGAAUUCGGGAGAAUUCCACCACUUUAAGGUGGGGAGGGUGUAAUGUGCAGGGUGUACCCCCCCUGACAUUUUUCUUAAUCUUUGGAAAUCAACAUUUCCAUUUAUUUUUCAUGUUUUGCCAAUUUACAAGUUCUUGUUGAUAAUGUUUGGCUAAGGCCCCUUUGUUAUGUUAAGAUAUUUAGUGAUUUUUCUUGUUGCAAGCCAGGAAAUAGUUUCAAAGGAAAUAUUUCAUUUUUUUGUUAACUUGUUCAGAAGUUCAAAGUUAGUCAUGUUUGUUGUUUCUUUUCAUAAAUUUCACAGGGCUUAACAUCAUAUAAAAGUAAAGGCUGUACCAUUUCCACGUUUAACUGCUGCUUUAUUUUUGUAAUAAGUAUCUUUACAUGUUUUAGAUAAGAAGUAAAAUAGAAUUUUAUUGAUUCUCAGCUGAUCGAAAUCGAUCGCCAUGUAAACAAAGUCACAUGACCGUCUAGACGUCUAGGAAUUCGUCUGCUAUGUAUUUCUUUGAGAUUUAAGUAUUUUUGCAAGAUCAGUAAACGUGGAAACAUGAAAUUCAAUUAACAAUUUCCUAUUAUAAUUAUGUAUCUAAAUGAUAUGAGUGUGUCGCCUUUGGGUUAUUUUUGCACUAAGCCUGUUUACAAUGUGAUUACGCCAUUUUUGUAUCAUAGCGCUUUACCCCAAACCAUGUUUUGCUUGCCCGAUUAAAAUUUACGAAAUGUACGACGUUCUAACCUAUAGUCCCGCUUUCCUUAAAGUCAUAGCUAAUAAAGCGCCACACCCGGGCAAGCUGUUAACUCUUAAGUAACUUCAAAUUCAUGAAAGUUCAGGCAAUUGCCCGGCUCAACUUGUCCAGCCAUUUUUGUUUUCAUUGUUCCGGUUGGCUAAAACAUGUCACGUGACAUAUAAAUUUUAUUAUAUAAGGAGCGCCGCUUUCAUAAUAUGGCGAAUAGCUGCCGUGGCGGGUAACUACAAAUUGUAAAAUUGACAACAGAAAUAAUUUGAUAAAGAAAUAACAACACAGCAGAGGUAUGAAUAUUUAUUGUAAUUUUAAUACCAUUUUGUACUCAGCACAUCAACCCACAGAAUUUAAAUGGAAAAUAAGGAUAAAAACCGGCUGUCAGUUUCUACCUUGUCCAGUUACCCCUGUGUGUUAAUAAUGUAAUCCUGCAGUUAUUCCCCAUCACAUCGACCUUUUAACCAUAGAUAAUUAACCAGGGACCAUAUAUUAGGAUUUUACUAGGAUAAACUGUUACUUUCGGCCUGACAUAAUUAGUUACAUGGAUGUGCCAACUGUUGGUAUUUAGAUGUUCCAGUCCCAAUUUGGAUGUGCCAUCACAAUAUUAAAUAUAGAUUUUUCUUACCCUGAUUUAUCCAUGCUUCAUCACCAGGCUUAGUCAAGGGUGACUUAGUUAUAUAAACAAUGUUAGAAGAAUAUAUCUUAUUCCUGUAUUUUACCAUAUUAUUAUAUUUAUGUGCUAAUAAAUAUUUAGUCCUGUGAAUUAUGCAUUAUUGUUAGUGAAAUAGAAAUCUCCAGUAAAUGGUAAAUCAACUUACAAUUUCCAAAUGAGCAAGGACUGGUUUCCUGACUUGAAUUGGAUCCAUCUGUUCAGUAAUCAGUUUAGUGCUGGUGCACUAAACUUCAUAAGAGUAAGAUUAUACGUUUUGGGCAGUUGUCUUGUGGCUGGGCAGAUAUUUCUCUGUUACAGGCAAGCACAAUUGGUCCAUAAUGGCUGACCAUCCAGACACAUUGAUAUACACGUUAAAUUGGUUAAUAAUGCUACAACCUUUACAGAGACUUACCCAAAUGAUAUAAUUAAAUUGAAGCCUACCCCAGG